AUGUCCACCCAGUCUAGCCUCCUCGACCCUUCCAUCUUCAGCCAUCUCGAGUCCAAGCUCGAGGAAGAAACCCAAGUCCGCGACAGCCUCACGCAAAUCGUGCAAAAGCUCGAACGGAGCGUCGCCUCCGCCCAGGGCCUCUUGUCCAGAGUCCACUCGACUCCCCGGUCUCGCUAUCCGGCAUUAAUAGAGCAGGUACAAAAGGCCGUCAGGGACGAGGUCGUCAUCGUCAAGGACUUGGACGAGAUUGCCUCCAAACACCCCUACUACAAAUACAACUCCAAAUGGGCGCGAACCGUGCAAAACGCCAUCGGCACGACUCUGUACUGCGCCUGGCUGGGCGGCUUCCACGCCGACUCGGAGCCCAGCGAGCUCGGGCGCCUGCUGACGCUGGAAGACGUGGGUUCGAUCUUCUCAGUGCCCACGAAUCUCAAGGAUCGCGACGCCUUCCACUUCACUAUUGAAGAGUAUCUUCUUGCCCUGACGGACCUCACGCCCGAACUUGCCCGCUUGGCCACCAAUGCCGUCACCCUGGGCGACUUUGAGCUGCCCAUGACCAUUAGCGCCUUUGUCAAGGACGUCUUUGCGGGGUUCCAGCUGCUCAAUCUCAAGAAUGAUAUAUUGCGCAAGCGCGCCGACGCCGUCAAGUAUGACGUGAAAAAGGUGGAAGAUGUAGUCUACGACUUGAGCCUGAGGGGCCUUGUUGUGCGGCCGGGGGCCGAUACUGACAUGAAGACUGGGGAGUGA